AUGGGAGAGAAGCUAUUUCAGUGCUCUGUAUGCGAGCUGUGUUUUGCCAGGAAAGACACUCUAAUUCAGCACGAGAGAAGCCACACAGGCGAGAAGCCUUACUCCUGUGCGGAAUGUGGAAAACAGUUUACUAGCAGUCGGAUAUUGGUGGAGCAUGUAAGAACUCACACAGGAGAGAAACCAUUUCCAUGUUCUGAGUGUGGGAAGUGUUUUACCAACAAACGAUCUCUCACUAUUCAUCAUGCAUAUCACACUGUGAGAAAUCUGUUUUCAUCUUCUGAGUGUGGAAAAACGUUCAUUUAUAGAACAAGCCUUGACAUACAUGUAAGAUCUCAUAAGGGUGAGAAGCCGUUUCCAUGUUCUGAGCGUGAGGAGCGCUUUUCCAUCUGUAAUCAGCUUUUAGUACAUCAAGCAGUUCAUACUGGUAACACAGUUAAAUGCUCAGAAUGUGGGAAAUCGUUUUCUUCUCGGUCACAUCUUCGUGCGCACAGAAAAACUCAUACUGGCGAGAAGCCGUAUUCAUGCUCUGAAUGUGGGAAGUCCUUCAGUGUUAGAUCAAGUCUCAUUCGGCAUGAGAGGUCUCACACUGGAGAGAAACCAUUUGAGUGUUCGGAGUGCAAGAAGGCUUUCCGCUCUAAGACCCAUCUUGUCCAGCAUCAGAGGUCUCACACUGGUGAGAAACCGUACUCAUGUCUUGAGUGUUGGAAAUGUUUUACAGUUCAAUCAAAUCUCCUCAGUCACAAAUUAAUCCACACGGGGGAGAGACCUGUUUCUUGCUCUGAGUGUGGAAAAUGCUUCCAGAAUCGGUCUGGUUUACGUCGGCACCAGAAAACUCACAUAGGGCAGAAGCCCUUGUGUUUAGAGUGCGGGAAUUAUUUUGCCAGAAAAUCUAAUCUUCAAUCACACCAAAUGAUUCACACAGGGGAAAAGCCGUUCCCAUGUUCUGAGUGUGGUCAAAGUUUCAGAUUGCAGAAGGCGCUCAAGGCUCACAAGAAGACUCACUCAGGGGAAAAGCAGGUUGAGUGA